GUUAAUUUGAGAUCAUUAAACAAAACAAAUCAAUCAAACAUGUUCAAAUUUGUUGUAAUCUGCGCCUUGUUGGCUACCGCCGCCACUGCCCAACGUCAUGGUCAUGGACAUAAUCAACCUCGUGGCUUUGCCAACAACCGUGCUGCCACCAAAUCAGUUUCUGCCUCCAGUGAUGAUGUUCAUGCUGAAAUCAUUUCAGCUGCUUCUGAUGUCCGUCCCGAAGGUUUCGAUUACCAUUUGGAAACUACUAAUGGCAUCAGUGCCAAGUCUAGCGGUGAUGCUUACGGUAAUGUGCGUGGUGACUUCCAAUGGAUCUCUCCUGAAGGCGAACACGUUGCUGUUAGCUAUGUUGCCGAUGAAAACGGUUACCAACCCAACAGUGAUGUUUUGCCCACUCCCCACCCCAUCCCAGAAGCCAUCUUAAAAUCUUUGGAAUACAUUCGUACCCACCCACCCAAGGAGGAAACCGUCCACCACGGUCAUGGUCGUAGAUUCUAAGAACUCUAGUUUUGUUAAGUUUUGUUUUAAUAAAAUAAAAUGAUUAUUUUUAAUUAAAAA